GUCUCCCGAAACUCUCAUGACCGCAACGACUUUCAUAUUCUUCUCCACUCCCACAUUUACCUCACUGCCCCUGAGCUUCGCAACCUCCAUCGCCCCCCGAGGGUAAUCUCGUCUUUCACCCCCUWAUAAAUCACGCUAAGUCCACCGCGUCCACAAUAACCGCAGGAUUUGUUGAGACCGAAACGGCGACGGAUUGGUAGCUUGAUCGGGCGCCAUGGAGAACGAGAACCUCCGGCCGGCGGCGGCGGAGGAGGAGGAGGAGGAGAUGAAGAUGGAGGCGUUCUUCGCUCUGUUGCGGAAUUUUAAGGAAAUGCGUGAUCGCCGGAGGAAGGAGCUGACGACGAUGAUCGGCGACGGCGGAGAAACCGAGAAGAAGAGGAAGAAGAUGAAGACGGCGCCGUCGACUUGGAUUCCGACGUUUCUGAGAGAGGAUUUCGAUGAGGAUUUUCAGGUUAGAGGACCGCCUCCGGUGCUUCCGAAGCCCUGCAAUCUUAUCAAGGAAGACACGCCGCCGCCGCCGCUGCCGGCAGCGGUGGCGAAGAAGAAGAAUAUGAAGAAUGAUGAGGAGUGUUUGGAUCUUAAUUUGGCGCUGUAGUUUUAUUUAAUUUCUGUAGUUGUAAAGAAAUUAAUUAUCAGAAUUCAGAAGGACGAAAGAAAUUUUCUAUUUUAGGGAGAA